GGCGGCGGCGGCGUGGCCGGUACCGGCGGCACGGAGGCGGCGGCGGCGGCGCUGGACGAGCUCCGCUCCUGGUGGGAAGUCCCGGCCAUCGCGCACUUCUGCUCGCUCUUCCGCACCGCCUUCCGCCUGCCCGACUUCGAGAUCGAGGAACUGGAAGCUGCUCUUCACAGGGAUGAUGUGGAGUUUAUCAGCGACCUGAUCGCCUGCCUUCUUCAAGGUUGCUAUCAGCGCAGAGACAUCACAUCCCAGACAUUUCACAGCUACCUGGAGGACAUCAUCAACUACCGCUGGGAGCUGGAGGAAGGGAAACCCAACCCUUUGCGGGAGUCCACCUUCCAGGAGCUACCACUGCGCACCCGAGUCGAGAUCCUGCACCGCCUCUGUGACUACCGGCUUGAUGCAGAUGAUGUCUUCGACCUCCUCAAGGGCUUGGACGCUGACAGCCUCCGUGUGGAGCCGCUGGGUGAAGACAGCAGCGGGGCUCUGUACUGGUAUUUCUAUGGCACACGGAUGUACAAGGAGGACCCAGUGCAGGCAAAAACCAACGGAGAGCUGGCUCCAGACAGGGGAUGUGGGGGACAGACAAAUACCCCAAAUGUUCCUGGGAAAACAGGCAAGAGACGAGGGCGACCCCCAAAGCGGAAAAAACUACUGGAGGAAAAUUUGCUGAGGGAGAAGGCAGAAGAGAACUUGCUAAUCCGUGAGACUCAGAUAAGAAAUGGGUCCCAAGGGCCAGGCCGUGGGACAUGGUGGCUGCUGUGCCAGACGGAAGAGGAGUGGAGGCAGGUCACUGAGAGCUUCAGAGAGAGGACUUCCCUUAGAGAGCGGCAGCUCUACAAACUCUUGAGUGAAGACUUCCUGCCGGAGAUCUGCAACAUGAUUGCACAGAAGGAGAAGCGUCUACAGCGGACAGAGUUUUCUCCCAGGUGGAUGUCUGACCAUCAGCCCAUCAAACCAAUCAAGCAGGAGGUAAGCCCAAAUGUGCUCAGUUCAAUGGAGAAGCAGAGGCGCAGAGAGGAAGAAGAGGAGCGCCAAAUCCUUAUAGCAGUGCAGAAAAGGGAGCAGGAGCAGCUGCUAAAGGAGGAGAGAAAGAGAGAGAUGGAGGAGAAGGUCAAAGCGGUGGAAGAACGAGCCAGGAGGAGGAAACUUCGUGAAGAGCGGGCCUGGCUACUGGCACAGGGAAAGGAGCUCCCUCCUGAGCUUUCCCACUUGGAUCCCAGUUCCCCUACCAGGGAAGAGCGAAGGACCAAGGACCUCUUUGAACUGGAUGAUGAGUUCACAGCCAUGUACAAAGUUCUAGAUGUGGUAAAGGCUCACAAGGAUUCUUGGCCUUUCUUGGAACCUGUUGAUGAAUCAUAUGCUCCCAACUACUACCAGAUCAUUAAGGCCCCUAUGGACAUCUCUAGCAUGGAGAAGAAGUUGAAUGGAGGUCAGUACUGCACCAAGGAAGAAUUUGUGGGCGAUAUGAAGACCAUGUUCAGGAAUUGUCUUAAGUACAAUGGUGAAGGCAGUGAAUAUACCAAGAUGGCUUACAAUUUGGAGAGAUGUUUCCACCGAGCGAUGAUGAAGCACUUCCCUGGGGAAGAUGGAGACACAGAUGAGGAGUUCUGGAUCAGAGAAGAUGGGAGGCGGGAGAAGAGGAGCCGGCGGACUGGCCGCUCCAGUGGUGGCAAUGUUUGGACUCGGUCACGAGACUCAGAGGGACCAGGCAAGAGGCAACAACGCCUGGAAAAUGGAGGGAAACCUCCACCGUAUCGAGCUACUUCCAGGGCUCCUGCUUCUUCCUCCUCCUCCUCGUCCUCCUCCUUCUCCUCAUCCUCUGCAGAGGAUCCGAGCGGAAACUCCAUGCAGCCUCCUCGAGAAGUGGGCCCUUCCAAUGGGCGAGGUUUCCCCCGCUCGCUGCAGUAUGGUGGCAUGCCCAGCCCUGUGCCGCAUCCUGGCCAGAUGAGACCAGCCGUACCAGGAACAUUUGGCCCCUUGCGUGGAUCAGAUCCAACAAAACUCUACGGCUCGCCGCGAGUGCCGGAGCCCCAUCCUGGAGACCCGGUUCAGCAGCACCAGCACUUUGCCAUGCAGCAGGCCGUGGGACUGAGCGAGCACCGUGGGCACAGGCUGGCUGCCCCCGAGAAGCAGGUGUGUGCAGGACCGACCCAUGUCGCUGGCCUUGGACCCCGUCCCAGCGCCUUGCAGCUAGGGUGCAUGAGUGGACCCCCUCCCGAUGCCGUCUACUCACCAGCGCAGUUCCAGCAGGGAUUCCUUCCUCCCAGGCACAACGGGCCUCCAGUGAGGCCACCAGAGGGUUCAGAGAUGCCGCCGGGACACAUGUACCGGCCCUACAAGUACCUGAACCGCGGGCACCCUGCCCUGUGGAAUGGCAGCCACGGAGCCGCCAGCCAGGGUGCAGUGGGGCCAGAGGAGAAGGCACCCAUGGGGCCGGCGCCAUCGCUCCAGUCCCGCACCAUCAGCCACAUGAUGGAGCCCCGGGCCAUACGGCCACCUCUGCCUCCCAGCCAGUGGACUGAGCAGUCAAACUUUCUACCUCAUGGGGUGCCUCCCUCAGGGUAUAUCAGACCACCUGGGAAAGCUACCAGCCAGAGGAUGCCACAGCCACCAGCAGCUCUUUUCGGGGGACCGCCUCAGGUUCAAAGAGGGUGCCAGGGUGGGGACUCCAUGAUGGACAGCCCAGAGAUGAUUGCCAUGCAGCAGCUGUCAUCCCGUGUGUGCCCACCAGGCGUGCCUUACCACCCUCGCCAGCCGCCCCCACCGCACCUCCCUGGGCCCUUUCCCCAGCUGGCUCAUGCUGCCUCUGCCAGUGUUCCACCCCUGAAGCCGGUCGUGGGGAAUGGGAGCUCGCAGGAUCAGACCAUGGAGCCGGAGAGCAACCAAGUGGAGCCACUGGCAGGCGUGGAGGAGAAGGCUCAGUGCAUCGGCAUUCCUGACAGGGCCUACGCCAAACUCCUACCUCAUCCUAAGCCCCCUCUGCCCAUGGAGUGCGCCCGGCGCACCUUGCCCCCAGAUGGGGAGGGAGAUGGCUCUGGCCUGAAGAACGAUCUGAAGGCCAACCAGAGCAAGGGCACGUGGCCGGCCGAGAGCAGCUACGCCGGCCCAGGCACCCAGGGGUGCAUGAGGGACCUGGCAUCCACCCCUGAGCGAGGAGGACCCGUGUCUGAGAACGGGGCAGCGGGUGAAGGGCCAGCGGAGAGCAAGGGGCUGACUGCCAGCCUGAUGGAGAAGCCCCUCUGCAGCGGGGGGAAGGCUCUGCCCGAAGCAGCUGUGCCUUGCAUGGGGCAGGGCACCAGCCUUCCCGCCAUGGACGCUGGCACCGUGGGGGCUGCCCCCAACCAGUUCCACCCUCUCUACAUGCCCAGUCUGGAGUACCCAAAUUCAGCCGCUCGGUACCACAUCAACCCAGGGCUGCAAGGGUUCAGCCCGGUGAUGGGCGGGAAGCCUCCCCCGGUGUCCCACCCACAGCAUUUUCCUGCGCGGGGCUUCCAGCCAAGCAGCACCCACCCUGGGGUCUUCCCUCGCUAUCGGCCCCACCAGGGCAUGCCCUACCCCUACCAGCCCCAGCCUCAACCUUCCUACCACCACUACCAGCGGCCACCCUACUACGCCUGUCCGCAGGGCUACUCAGACUGGCAGAGGCCUCUCCACCCUCAGGCCAGCCCCAGCGGCCACCCACCCCUGGCCAGACCCCCUUUCUCCGACCGGGGGAAUGUGAGCGGCUUGCAGGGCUGCGAGGCGCUGAGUGCUGCCCUGGCUUCUCCCAACCGCACGGACGUAGCGAGUGCCAAAGAGGUUUCUCCAAGCGACGGGCAGGAUCUGGGGCCUGAAGAUGAGAAGUCUGAGGAAUCCCAGGAGCGGCCGGAGAGUCCCAAAGAGUUCCUAGAUUUGGACAACCACAACGCUGCCACAAAGAGGCAAAGCUCGGUGGCAGCAGGAGAGUUUCUCUAUGGAGCUCCCCCACCUCACCUGGGUUCGGGAAUGGGAUUUGGGCCUUCAGCUUUCCCUCCCCAUGGAGUGAUGCUACAGACUGGCUCUCCCUACGCAUCCCGGCAUCCCGCCAGUCAUUUCCAGCCCAGGACGUACGGAUCACCCAUGAAUGCCCACCUGUCCCAUCAUCCAGCCCCUGGCCAGGCUAACGGCCUCUCUCAGGAGGGACCCCUGUACCGCUGCCGGGAGGAGAACGUGGGUCACUUUCAGGCCUUGCUGAUGGAGCAGAGAGGCAGUGGAGGUGGCAUGGGGGGGCCACCCCAGGACUUGUAUAGACCAUCGGGAAUGCAAAUGCAUCAGGCUCAAGUUCCUUUCCCGAAGAUGCCUACAGCAACCAUGUCUCGAGAAGAUCUGACGCCACAAAAAUCAUCAGCGUUGCCUCUGGAUCAAAGCUAGUCUGAGGAAGGAAGGACCUCAUGAAGAUGAAAGCCACACGUGAUUUGGACACAGGGGAGGAGGGGCAGGCCUUCCUCCCACCCUCCCCUCACCCAAGCAGCAUGUAGCUUCCCGGGUCCAUGGAUCAUGGCGUCCCGACGACGUUUGUGCUGGAAUCCCGGAGUGGUGCUGGGCCCCAGCCAAGCGGCCGAGCAGCCGGCUCACUGGCACAGGGCGAGCAUCGCCAAACUAGUGGCUUUCCGUGACUGGAGACUGCGUCUCGUUCAGGGUUUGAGGGAUUUUUGGGUGGGGUGGGCGGGGGUGGGGGCUGGAACUUUCAUUGACUGCUAAACUCAGGUAUAUUUUUCAGGGUGGAAGAGGACGAUGAUGGAAUUUUACUUGUAGUAUUAACGUGUGUGUUUUGGAGCUGGAUCCAGUUUACAGAAUUUAACCUGUUGCCUUUUUAAAUAAAUUUCUGUUGUUGGUGAAUGUAUUGUACAUAAUGGGGGAGGGGGUGGGCCCAGCUUGUAGUGGGCUUAGCACUGGAGGAAUCCGUAACUGUUUACAAUCAUAUCACACUGAAGUCUUUCAGGAUAGGGUGAGGGUCUGGGGGAGCGGGGAGAGGUCAGGGAACAUGCGAUGAAUGACUUGCUGUCCUCUGCAGCUGAGACACCACCCAAUAGUUGUUUGGAUGAAUAUCAGGAAUUGCUCAGGAGCAUAACGUGUCCUCCUCUUUCUCUUCUCCUCUUCCUCCUUCACCCUUACCCCUGCCUCUGCCCCUCCGGAUCCAGGGCCUGAGGGCACUUCCAGCUCCUGUCAUCAUGGGGGAACAAGGAAACCAGGACCAGGAACUGAAACCAGCACAGGAUGCUCACGGCGUUGUCCCUUCUGCUAGCGUAGUACCCCUCUCCCUGCCUUUCUCAUAGGAGUAGUUUGUGCUCUUGGAAACAGGAAAGGGCACAGUUGGUCAUCUUGGACUUCCUUGGGUGAAACAGGUGCUGCUGGGUGUGGAGGAGCACCUAUCACACAGAGCAAAUGUUGUGCAGGGCGGUACUCCCUGCUGCCAAGGAGGGGAACUGCAUCCCUCCUUACCUUCUGUGUCCUUUGCUAUAUUCACCUCUGGGCAGCAGCAAAGCAGAAAGUAAGCUGAGAUUCCUGGUUACUCAGUUGCUUGUGGAACUAAGAGUAUGAGGUUGUUUUGAGGGAACAGUUUGCUACAGCGUGAGCUGUUUGGCCUGAGGAGCUGGGUUCAGUGAUUGCAAGUAGCAGGUGAUUCAGAAAGCACUCAUUUGAAAUCCAGCAUUGAUGGAGUGGCUCAGGCAGUGAGGGAUGAGAGAGCUGUGUUCAGUGAGGGAUGAGAGCUCUGACGUUCAAGUGUUGGUUUGACAAAUAAGUUCCUUAGAAAUCUCAUCUGCAGGUAUUCAUCCACAUCUUACAACUAACAUAGCUGAAUAUUCUUGGGAGAGCUGGAGUAAAGCCGGAUAGAGUUGCUACACUGCAAGGCUGGGCAGCAAGAUCUGCCCCAGCGUGGGCUGUGGUUGGCAUUGGAGGGUCAGUGGUGUGAUUAGAAGGAAGUGCCAAUGUGCCAGCCAAAUUGUGGCAGCAGAGGUGAGCACAUGAGGACAGAGCAGUGUACCCUGGACUCUGUGGUACCAGCCAGGGGAGGAUUUCUGGCUCCAGGUUUCUGGAGAAUUUUUCUGACUGUGUUGUCAUCUCAGAUAGUGCUGUCACUCAUAUGAGCUGGGUUGCACCAGCGUGCAUGGCUCCACCAAGCUUAACAGGAGUUAAACUUCUUCCUGCUAGUACCACAGGUGUGUUUAUGAACUCGCUUCUUACCCAGUGCUGCAGCCAGCCUGUGGCCUGCAGCUGCUCUCUGUUCUGUCCAGCAGGCUGCUGGGCUAGCUGGCUCCUCCCCAGAGGAAGACUUUGGUAUGAAAACGAGUGUAAGUUUAACCACUGUUCGGGACAGCUAGCUUAGGACAAAUGGAAAAACUGUUGCUUCUCUUUUGAAAGCAAUCUUUAGUUCUUGUAGUUCAUUUUCUUUAAAAAUGGAGGAUCUGUAAAGUCUAACUUAGAGCAAAGUAUUUGAAAUGCUGUGAAGAUGAACGCAUAUUCUGCAAACAAUCCUUGCCGUACUUCAGCCUGUGUCUUCUGUAUCACGGAUGGUUACCCAAAUACUUGAAGUGCCUUUCAGCUCAUGGUGAACUUUGUGGAAUAGCAGGUUUUAGAAGCUAUAAAAAAAAAAAAAGCCAAAGCACUCUUGGUCUUCAUCUGGAACUGGCACUGGAAACACGAUUCUAGCAGUCACAGCAUCUGGAUGAGUACCAACCCAAGGUCAAAACAGGAGGAAUAGGGAAGGCAAGGAUUGCUUGUGGUCUGCCUGGAGAGAGUAAUGGAGAGUUAGGCAGUGAUGGAUGUCCUGAGGAUCCUAUGUGGAGUACAAGGUGUGGAGAUGCUGUUCCUUACCUGGCAGGGUUGAGUGGGUUUCUAGGUAAAUGCCUUUUGAUGUAGUUGGCAAUUCUGAUAAAAGUGACUAACAGAAGUUGCUACUGGGAGGACACAUGGUUUGUUUUAGAAAAGAACUAACGUAGGACAGAAGGAACAAUGGCUGGACUACAGGGAUAUCCUAGGGACAGGGCAUGCUCAGAUCAGGUGUUGCUUGCAGAACCUUAGUUCCAAGUUUCCAGACUUUCAAAUAAUUUGCUUAUAAAUGUUUGUGGGUUGUGUUUGGUUUGGUUUGGGUUUUGGCUUUUUUUGUUGUUGUUUUGUGGUGACAUCUAGGCACCCCCCCCAAAAAUCAGAGUUCUAUCUUGCUGGGUACAAUCUGAACAAAUCACUGAAAAUUCACAGCCCCCAUAGCUCCCAGGGACUGGGAGCAGUUAGUGGGGUGAGACAACAGCAGAAGUGCACAGAGAAAAGCAGAAAAUGAGAAUUUCAUUGCUUAUGGUCUCCCAGCCAUGCUGUGUGGGCUGGUUUGUAGAUAUUGUGACAGGGGCAGAUUUAACGAGGGAUUUAGAAUAGACUGAACCAGCAGCUCUUUAGGUACAAGGUGAGGCUUUUUUCCUUGGGUUGGUGUACAGUGCUGAAGAAAAGUAGCUGCAGUUUUUAAAUAUCUUUUGAUUAUUUUACUCCCGCCACUCUUAAAAAAACAUUUCAACAGAAUACAGAAAAAUUCUGGAAUCUGAUGGGAACCCCAUCUUUCUCAUCCUCUGCAAUCAGACCUUUUUCAGAAGGCAUAUUGGGCAAGUGACUUUGCAAGGUUUCCUGAAGGUAUUGCUUUUCUCAUAUGAGGGGCGUGUUUUGUAAUUACGGAUCUAUGUAGGUCACUCUGAAAGUAAUGCCUCCUCCUUAUUUCCUCUUCUUUCCCGCAUGGAGGCGUUCAGUUGUGCACCUCUGCUUCGUACACAUUUCUAUGUCAGACGCCAUUUUGUCAGGCUGCCUCUCUGCUGCCAUCUGUCACAUGGUAACAAAAUGUAAUGGAAUAUUGGUGGGAAGGUCCAACCUCUACUGCUAUAUCACCAACAUCCACCUCUGGUGUCGUGGGCCAGCAGAAUAAAAUAGGAGGCAGUACUUUCGAGGCAGUGCUUGUGCAUGUCAAAGACUGCAUAAUAGCAGAACAAACACAACGCUGAGCGUGCCGAAAUCUCCCAGUGCUCUCGUGGUGCAAGCGGCACGUGGUGCUCCCGAGGUGCUCAGCUGCAUUCUAAAUGCAGUUGUAUAAUCUGCUAGGACUCUGGGAGCUUCUGGCAUCUUCAGCGCUGCAGGGCCCUGGCAAUUGAACCAAGUAUUUUGGGAAGAUGAGUAGCUGAGGCUUCACAGGGAUCUGAGCCACGUCCAGCAGAAGUUUGCAGUCUGUAAAUGCCACGGCAUGACCAAAGCGCGCGGUGGCAAGCCACUGCACCAGUCUGCAAUGAGGAGGACAAAAGAGGAAAGUAAAUUUGAAGUUUCAAGGCCUGGCGGGUUUGAUCUGUGACUUUAAAGCACACAAAGACACUUUUCUUGGAACAGCUUCUAGUUCUUUCUUAUCUGCUGAAUCCCUUUCCCAUGCAGAAUUCUGAAGCAAGUCUCCUGUGUGUAUUUUUGUACGUGUGGUUUCUCGGGGUCUUGGAGAGCUAUCAGCUUCUUGAUGUCUUAUCUGAAAGCUCAUCACAGGGGCUGUCUCUCAUUCUGCUGACUGAGGCAGUUUCCCUGCAGCUUCUCUCUCUUUACAGCAACACUUCUCCAUUUAAAAUGAAAGUAUAAUGAGAGAACGACCCGUAUUUGUCUCCUCCACUGAUGGCUGUCAGCCUUCUGUGCAUCUCUGUGCCCAGCCAGGGCUAUCACCCUGCUCUCUGCAGCUUUGCUUCGCUUUUGCUUUCCGAGGAGACGCCCCAGGCUUGAGGUGUGUGUUGUGGUGUUUUGGAGAAGGUGAUGCAGUGAGUUGAGGGUGAAGCGAUGUCCCAAGGGGUGGAACGACUGUGGGCUCUGCAGCGCUGUGGCUGCUUGGUCCAUGCAUGCCUUUGCAGUGCAGGUGUACGGAGCUGCGUGAGGCCGUGCCCUUGGCGGUAGCUGUCCUGCUUCUGCUCGUGUGCAGUGUCUCAAAGGCCGUGGGUGCUUUGUAGUUUUAAUGCUGGUGGCCUUGUGCCUGCUUGGGCUUUUUUUCCUUGUUCUGCAGCAGUGGCUGAGAUUUGGUGCAGGUCUUCCUCUUUCUGAAAUGUGGAUGUCAGAAGAGGGUGCAUGCAGGAGAGAGCGAGAUGUGCAUCCAGCAGUGGAAGGGAGGACAAGGGACUAAUCAUCGGGAUCGCCACCAGCUCCAGCAGAUCCCUCUAUCCAUUGCCUUUGUUUGGAAACACAUGGCUCGCUGGCAGAAGGGCAGUAAUUGGGAAAUCUGCAUCUGAGUAGAAGUGGAACUGACUGUGGGCACAGUUUCCUCAUUGUAGGCAACAUUGGGUCAGGGGCUGCCAGGGUCUCCUUGGGCCUUCAAAUCCAUGCAGGGCAGGUGGAAGUUGUGCAGCAGCCCCCUCCCUUCCCAAGGCAGCCGGGCAGCUGCAGGAACUGGGGCCUGGGCUUUUGAUUUGGUCCCACUUCGUGUCAUGCACCAACGCUUCCCCUCUCCUCGCUGCCCAGUUUCUGAGCUCUGUGCUUCACCGUCACUGUCAGAUGCAGAGAUAAGAGCUCACUGUCCAGGGAAGGGCAGAAGGUUUGGCUUACAAGCUGUCUGCAUACGCAGGCAGAAAGCAGGCAGGGAGUGCACAUCACCCGCCUUGUGACAUCGAGGUGUCCUCAUUGUACAGCAGUGCCUUCCUGCCUGCUGGGCUCACUGCACGGUGCUGGGUGCUAUCUCUCUGCCAGCACAGGGACCUGCCAGGCCCCACUGCAGGGUGGGACCUGCUGUUUCUGCCUCUGCAGUGGCUUUGGUUAAUGAUGAAAGCUGCAUACAGCCCAGAAACCUGUUACCUCUAUUCCUUGCAAGCUCCGUGAGCACUGCUGCCUGAUUUCCCUGAGUGAUAACAGUAUGCAGCAGUGCAGCUCCAACCUUCCCGUGUCUUGUCAGGGAGGGGAUGGCUACAACCCACGCUGCAGGGCUUCAGGAUGUGGCUGGGGAGCGAGGUGCUUCCUGCGGCCCUGCAUCUCCUCCUGCCACAUCACUGCUUUCCCAGUGACCGACAGAUUGGUUUAGGUCAGGAAAGGAGCAAUUGGAGCCAAGCUUGGUCCACAGCCUGGGUUCAGGGCGGGCAGGAGGGGUGCCUGUCACUGGCGUGCCCAGACUUUGUGCCUCUGGGGCAGGGGAGUGGCCAGGGCGGUCUGGCUUGGCACCAGGAGGGGGAGAGCCAAUGCCACUGCAUCCAUUUUCUAAAGUUGGGUGAUGUUGGGUGGGGUUGGUUUGCUUUGUUGUUUUGUUUUUGGUUGUUUUUUUUUUUUUUUCUGUUGUAUUAUUGUAAGUUUGUAAAGAAUGUAAUCUGUCUGGGGGCGUAAGGAGGACACGGGGGCCAUUCUCCUUCUGGGUGAGAGUGUUUGUGCGUUGCUGUGUGUUUUGUUGCUGGGUGGGGAGGGGCCCAGCCCCGUCAACCCAUCGCGACUAUCACGGGCAGCAGGAGGGCGAGCGGGCGUGGGGCAGCAGCCUCCCACCCUGAGUGUGGAAACCCUGCUUGCGUCCUCAGGCGGGGGGGAUAUGAGCACGCAGGGCUUCGCACGGGGCUCUCCUGCUUGGGGCUGGUCCCGCUCAUCUUCAGCUCGGGUAGCAGCCGAUCUGCCCAGCAGCUGAGUGAAGGGAGGGCUGAAGCCAGCAGCCCAAAUUUCUCAGUGCAAGAACAGAUUGGAGCCGCAGCCACUGCCCCGCACCGGCCCUCACACCCGCCUCCCUCCCCAUCCCGUAGAGCACAGUGUCAGGGAUGCUCCUCUCUCUCCUGCUGCUGCAAAGUUGUGUGAACUUUCCUGGUCAAUACUGGAAAGGGGAAUGCUAUUUAUUUUUAUAUUGUGUAUAUUUUGUCUUGGUCUGCUGAUUACCUUUGUUCCCCAGAGCGACAGUUACCUCAAUAGUUAGUUUAAUACUGUGUGUUGGGUAAUUUUUUUAAAGAACUUUUUUAAAAGCUUGAUCCUUGGAGGUCUGUAGAUUUUAUUUCCAUAUGAAUUGGUUAUUUUGUAUAAAGUACGUUCUUAAAAUAGCAA